AGAGUUGUCAUUUUCUUCCAAAAUUACAAAAAUUACAAAAUAAGAAUGGCGGAGGGUAAUGGAGAGAUAUCCGUUGAAGAGGUCCCCGGGAAGGACUCCGACGUUGGCCGUACACCAGACUACCGCAAACUUAUAGAAUAUGGCUUGGACCCAAAGGUGGCCGGCAAGCUGGACGACAUUUAUAAGACUGGAAAGCUAGCGCACAUCGAGUUGGACGAGCGUGCGCUGGAUGCCUUAAAAGAAUUUCCAUCCGACGGUGCUUUAAGUGUUCUUGGACAAUUUUUAGAUUCAAAUCUCGAGCAUGUAUCUAAUAAGAGUGCUUAUUUAUGUGGGGUCAUGAAGACUUAUAGACAGAAAAGCAGGGCGGGUGUGCAGGGCGCGCCUGCGCUGACUGCCACUGUCCCGGUCAAAGGCCCCGAUGAAGAGAAAAUUAAACAGAUCCUCGCCAGGACUGGAUAUUCUUUAGAUGUGACCACAGGUCAACGUAAGUAUGGCGGACCUCCGCCCGGCUGGGAGGGAGGCACACCAGGCGCCGGCUGCGAGGUGUUCUGCGGCAAGAUACCCAAGGACAUGUAUGAGGAUGAGCUGAUCCCCUUGUUUGAGAGAUGCGGCACCAUCUGGGACCUGCGCCUCAUGAUGGACCCCAUGACGGGCACCAACCGCGGCUACGCGUUCGUCACCUUCACCACGAGGGAGGCCACGCAGCGCGCCGUGCAAGAGCUCGAUAAUCACGAAAUAAAACCUGGGAAGACUCUGAGAAUUAAGAUUAGCGUACCGAAUCUGCGACUUUUCGUCGGCAACAUUCCCAAGUCUAAAGGCAAAGAGGAGAUACUGGAAGAGUUUGGUAAAUUAACAGCUGGACUGGUUGAAGUUAUUAUAUAUAGUUCGCCCGAUGACAAGAAGAAAAAUAGAGGGUUUUGUUUUUUGGAAUACGAGUCACACAAAGCCGCGUCGUUAGCCAAGCGUAGACUGGGCACUGGAAGAAUAAAGGUAUGGGGCUGUGAUAUCAUAGUUGACUGGGCGGACCCUCAAGAAGAACCCGACGAGCAGACGAUGAGCAAAGUGAAGGUGCUGUACGUGAGGAACCUGACGCAGGAGAUCACUGAGGAGGCGCUCAAGGAGGAGUUCGAGCACUACGGCACUGUGGAGCGAGUCAAGAAGAUUAAGGAUUACGCAUUUGUGCACUUUGAGGACCGGGACUGUGCUGUUAAGGCGAUGCACGAGCUGGACGGCAAAGAGAUGGGUGGUGCGCGGCUGGAGGUGUCCCUGGCCAAGCCACCCUCCGACAAGAAGAAGAAGGAGGAGAUUCUGCGCGCGCGCGAGCGUCGUAUGACGCAGAUGAUAUACGGCCGCGGCGGAUUUGAUUGGUGCAGCUGCUCGCCGGUGCACGGCGCGCUGCGGGGACGCACGCCGCAGCCGCAGCCGCGACCUCCUGCUGCACGCGGCGACUACGAUUAUGAUUACGACUAUUACGGGUACGGGGAUUACCGAGGUGGCUACAAUGAGCCAUUUUACCGGUACGAUGAGUUCUAUUUUGAUUACGCGGGGCCACCGCAACCGUCCGCCGUCCGCCAGCCUCCCAACAGAGCGCAACCGGAAGACGAGCUCGCUCUCGGGCCCAACUCGCUUUACUACGAUCUAACCGGAGGCAUUCAGGUACCGGACUUCAAUAUGUAAUGGUAUAUUUACCCCCCUCACAAAUGAACGUACUGUUCCGAUGAUAGAACCUUGUCUAGUUGUCGUAGUUACUGUGCGCGUAGCCUCGCAUUUAUAUAGCUUUGUAUCCUAGGUACCUGAUUGUUUCGAUAUGUAACCUUAGUUAAGAACAUGGUGAUUAUUUUGGUUGUAACUUAUUGCGGUAUACUACAAUACAAUAUGGUUACAGUUAUAUUUUGAUUAUUUUGCAGCAUGAAUAUAGUUUUAGUUUGAGUUUACUCAAGUAUCAAGUAAACAGUCGCCACAUAUUCUUGAUAUUAAC